CUUUUUCUAUCUUACCGCCCUCUUUACCUCAUGAUCCCACCGAGAAUAAUACAUAACAGUGAUAAUUCCCAGCAGGAUAAUUGGUUGGAGAGGAUUAGGAUUUGUGAGUGGCAGGUAUCAGAGAGUGAGCGAUGACGACAAGGGCCUUCUCCCACGAGCCCGGCACUGCUAUGGAGUGCCUCAGCAUACCUAUCACACUGGAGAAGGAGGCCGGCCUGGACGAACAUGGCAGACAGGUGCUGAAGUGCGGCUUCAAAAUUGGUGGUGGCAUCGACCAGGACUUCAUGAAGAGCCCCCAGGGUUAUACAGACAAUGGUAUCUACUGUACCGAGGUCCAUGACGGCAGUGCGGCUGCCCGGGCGGGGCUGCGUGUCCACGACAAGAUCUUGCAGUGCAAUGGCUACGAUUUCACCAUGGUGACGCACAAAAAGGCCGUCGACUACAUCAAGAAGCAUCCCGUCCUGAACCUGCUGGUCGCCCGUAAGGGCGUCACUCACUCGUAAACGAGUGCUGCUGCUGCUACUUGUUGAUUGUACUCACAGUUUAUCAUAAUUUUAUUCCAUUGUAAAGUUAAUUGUAAUAAUGAAGAAAUAAUAAUUUUAUAAAUAAGAGUACAAAAAGUACCCAAGUUACUGGUGCAGAAAGUUACAGGUAAUUUCUCUCUAUAUAUUAAAGACUCAACAUUAACACCAUUUACUUUAAACAUUCAUUUACCAUCAUAAAAAAACAUUCAUUAGAGCCAGCUCUUAAAGCAUAAAAAUGUUUAUUAAAAAAUUUAUUCAAGCAUUUAUGGUUAGACUGGAUUAAAAACUUCAUUCAAACAUUUAUCGUUAGACUAGAUCAAGUUAGACUAGAUCAAGUUAGACUAGAUCAAGUUAGGUUAGAUUUGAACACUAGUUAAAUCUUUAGUAACUUCUUAAAUCAAUGUACAGUAUUUUUCUUAUGUAAGAGAGUAAAAUUAUAGUGAGAUAAAUUAUCAGGAAUCAAAUUGCUUAAAACCACUUACAAAGAUCCACACUUACAAAGAUCCACACUUACAAAGAUCCACACUUACAAAGAUCCACACUUACAAAGAUCCACACUUACAAAGAUCCACACUUACAAAGAUCCACACUUACAAAGAUCCACACUUACAAAGAUCCACACUUACAAAGGUCUACACUUGCAAAGAUCCACACUUGCAAAGAUCUACACUUGCAAAGAUCCACACUUACAAAGAUCCACACUUACAAAGAUCCACACUUACAAAGAUCCACACUUGCAAAGAUCCACACUUACAAAGAUCCACACUUACAAAGAUCCACACUUACAAAGAUCCACACUUACAAAGAUCCACACUUACAAAGAUCCACACUUACAAAGAUCCACACUUACAAAGAUCCACACUUACAAAGAUCCACACUUACAUAGAUCCACACUUACAUAGAUCCACACUUACAUAGAUCCACACUUGCAAAGAUCCACACUUACAAAGAUCCACACUUACAAAGAUCCACACUUACAAAGAUCCACACUUACAAAGAUCCACACUUACAAAGAUCCACACUUACAAAGAUCCACACUUACAAAGAUCCACACUUACAAAGAUCCACACUUACAAAGAUCCACACUUACAAAGAUCCACACUUACAAAGAUCCACACUUACAAAGAUCCACACUUACAAAGAUCCACACUUACAUAGAUCCACACUUACAUAGAUCCACACUUACAUAGAUCCACACUUACAUAGAUCCACACUUACAUAGAUCCACACUUGCAAAGAUCCACACUUACAAAGAUCCACACUUACAAAGAUCCACACUUACAAAGAUCCACACUUACAAAGAUCCACACUUACAAAGAUCCACACUUACAAAGAUCCACACUUACAAAGAUCCACACUUGCAAAGAUCCACACUUGCAAAGAUCCACACUUGCAAAGAUCCACACUUGCAAAGAUCCACACUUACAAAGAUCCACACUUACAUAGAUCCACACUUACAGAGAUCCACACUUACAGAGAUCCACACUUACAAAGAUCCACACUUGCAAAGAUCCACACUUACAAAGAUCCACACUUACAAAGAUCCACACUUACAAAGAUCCACACUUACAAAGAUCCACACUUACAAAGAUCCACACUUACAAAGAUCCACACUUACAAAGAUCCUGAAAAUCAUAUAUUUAUUUACAAGUGCUGAGUCAUGUUUACAACUUUUAUGAGACACUACCAUCUGCAACACAAUGUGUGUGUUAGUUAAAACACCAAAACACAAUGUGUGUGUUAGUUAAAACACCAAAACACAAUGUGUGUGUUAGUUAAAAACACCAAAACACAAUGUGUGUGUUAGUUAAAACACCAAAACACAAUGUGUGUGUUAGUUAAAAACACCAAAACACAAUGUGUGUGUUAGUUAAAACACCAAAACACAAUGUGUGUGUUAGUUAAAACACCAAAACACAAUGUGUGUGUUAGUUAAAACACCAAAACACAAUGUGUGUGUUAGUUAAAACACCAAAACACAAUGUGUGUGUUAGUUAAAACACCAAAACACAAUGUGUAUGUUAGUUAAAACACCAAACACAAUGUGUGUG